CCAGGAGUGGCUUUGGCAGAUUAUAGCCCUGGCUGGAAGGAGCAUCGACGUUUUGGUCUGAUGACCCUGAGAAACUUUGGGCUGGGGAAAAAAUCCAUGGAACAGAGGAUUCUGGGAGAGAUUCAACACAUCAUGAAUCAUCUGGACCAAAAUGUCGGUAAGACCAUGAAUCCUCAACUGCUGUUUCACAAAGCAACCUCCAAUAUCAUCUGCCAAGUUCUGUUUGCUCGACAGUUUGACUAUGACGAUCAAUUCAUGAAGUUUUUUGUUGACUACUUUUGUGAGACCUCCAAAAUCCUCAGUGGGCCCUGGGCUAUGGUUUAUGACUCUAUUCCCAUGGUGCGCAGCCUACCACUGCCCUUCCAAAAAGCCUUUAAGAAGUUCAGGAUGGCAGAUGAAAUGUAUUCAGAGUUCUUGGCUGAGAACAAAAAGACCAGAGUUCCUGGUGAACCGAGACAUUUUAUAGACUGUUACCUGGACGAACUAGAUAAGAGAGGAGAUGAUGGCUCAUCAUUUUCUGAAGACCAGCUUUGUGCAUUUGUUUUGGAGCUUCACUUUGGUGGAACUGACACGACUGCCAACUCCUUGCUCACUGCCUUCCUCUAUCUUAUGAAUUAUCCACAGAUACAGGAGCACUGUCAGCAGGAAAUAGACCAAGUUCUGAAUGGUAAGGAUCAGGUCAGUUUUGAAGACAGACACCAGAUGCCAUAUGUGCAGCAUGAUGAGAUGGUUGACAUCUGAAGACCUGAAAGUGCUCCUCAUCCAGGGUCCAGUGGUUCCAAACACGGACAGAGGCAGCUACCUGUUGACGCCGAGCCUCUGCUGCUGCUGUGGCUUGCAGUGACUGGCUCUGCUGUGGUGCUGUUGUAACUACUUCAGCCUCGGCAUUAGCAAUGUUGUUUUUGUCUGUGUUCUCAGUAAUGUUAGUACUGGUAACAUUUUGGUGUUCUUUGCAAUAAUAACAUUACUAUAAAAAAAAAUUGUAUCUUCAUUGCUUGCUGUUGUUUACCAUUGUUACUUGCUAUCUGUGGACUGUGGAAAGUUCAUCUGAGGAGGAGAGGUUUUCUCAACAAAUCAUUUUGUCAAUAAAUAAUUAAAAACCAUUUUUCCACAAUUACAUUCCACUGUCAGCAUAACAGCUGUUAGUCAUCUGAGAGGAGUUAACAACAUAUGUGUGGAGGAAGAGGGUGUUUGUAAAUAGCAUCAUUUGCCAGAAGAGAAUGUGGACUGUUACAGGCUUUCACAUCAAACCAUGCUUCAGUUACUGAACAAAAUAAAAGAUGCAGAUUGCAAUUCCAAAAUGUUUAUUGAUUUCUUCCAGCAUAUUGAAGUUGAAUCGCUCUAAACUUACACUUUCAUCUAUGCUCCUUCUCACUCCACACAU